UGCUUCACAAGUGGUGAAAGCCUCGCGCUACGUACUGGCUAAUGAUUGGCACGCUUGACAGUGAUUGGCAGGGCUGCCAUGACAACGCUACAACGACACCAAGAAGACCAAUAGAAAAGGGAAACAAAAUGUUUCAAUGCUACACUCAACGGCGGAUUUAGGGGGGAGAUAUUAUGAGGCUGGUGUCAUUAGGCGAUAGCCAUUGAAUCAUUCAAUCUUUUUUACCGGCCGGGUUUUUUCGGUUUUUCCCUUUUCUCGUUAAUUUUCUUUUCUCUCAGGUCAUUUCCAUGGUUUUCAGAUCGCCUUUAGAGCUUUAUCCCUCCCAUUUCUUCCUGCCAAACUUCGCUGAUCGCCCUCUGCUCCUGGCGAACAGCGCUCCCACCACCAGGUCUCCAGAAGACUUGUCCAUGUUUCAGCUACCGACUCUCAACUUCUCCCCGGAGCAGGUGGCGAGCGUCUGCGAGACGCUGGAGGAGACCGGGGACAUCGAACGGCUGGGCCGCUUCCUCUGGUCCCUGCCAGUGGCUCCGGGAGCGUGUGAGGCGAUCAACAAGCACGAGUCCAUCCUGCGCGCCCGGGCCGUGGUGGCGUUCCACACGGGGAAUUUUAGAGACCUGUACCACAUCCUGGAGAACCACAAGUUCACCAAGGACUCACACGGCAAACUGCAGGCCAUGUGGUUGGAAGCACACUACCAGGAGGCCGAGAAGCUCCGCGGACGUCCCCUCGGACCGGUCGAUAAGUACCGGGUGCGGAAGAAGUUUCCGCUGCCUCGGACCAUCUGGGACGGUGAGCAGAAGACGCACUGUUUCAAAGAGCGGACACGGAGCCUGCUGAGGGAGUGGUACCUUCAGGACCCGUAUCCAAACCCAAGCAAGAAAAGGGAACUGGCUCAAGCCACUGGACUCACUCCUACACAGGUCGGAAACUGGUUUAAAAACCGGAGGCAACGAGACAGAGCUGCGGCGGCCAAAAACAGGCUCCAGCACCAAGCAAUAGGACCGAGCGGUAUGAGGUCGCUCUCAGAGGCCGGUCUCACCCCUCACAGCUCGGCGGAGUCGCCUUCGACUGCGGCAAGUCCCACCACCAGCGUUUCCAGUAUGACAGAACGAGUCGAUACUGGGACGUCCAUCCUGUCUGUCACAUCCAGUGACUCGGAGUGCGAUGUAUGAUACGGAGGAAAGGAGAAAAUAACACACAAAAACAAACACAAAAAGAGAAAUAUUUACAGGGAAAAUGGACCUGAGAGGAAGAAAAAAAGACUUAUGAAAUAUCGCGGAUGAAAAAAGGACCGAUUGAUAUAAAUAUUAAAAUAAAAGAGAUAAAAGCACGUCUUUUUUUUAUUAAAAGCGCUUUCAAAGGACCCACGCCUCCCCCUCCUCUUCAUACCCCCACACCACCACCAACACCACCUCUACUACUAGACUACUUGCAUGAUGUCUUUUUUAUUUUUGAUUUGUAAUCAGGGAAAUAACCUGAAUGCAAGAUUUUCCAUCAAGAACAUCGAUCAGAGGGAAUAAAACAGAUCGCCUUGGUGUCUUCGUCGCCUUUUCCUCCACCCAUCUCCGUUUUAAGUCCAAGUGAUGAUGAUGCCACGCAGACAAGAUGCAAUCCUUUUUUUUUUUUUUUUUUACUUUGUGUUCAUCAGACAAUCAUUUUAAGUCGUAAGCACCUUUUUAAAUACACUUCUGUCACUGCCUGUGUGGGGUUCAUGGUCAAAAAAUGUCGUUUAUGACUGUAUCAGAUUUUUAUUUUUAUUUUCAAAAUUUUAUAUUGAAUUAUGUAUAUCUCAAAUAAUGCGAUCAUUCUCCCGGUCUGUAAUAUACGUGUAGAAAUAUUGCUUGUACAUAAUUAUUGCUCUCUCCCCUCUCGCCUCAUCCUCUUUUCUAUCCCUCCCUCACUUUUCUUGACUUGGUGUUCCUACAUAAAAUAUUUGUCAAAACUUA